UCAAGAACGCGCGAAAUUUGCAGGUUAACGAGAGGGGGUAAAGCUAUACAGAAGAAAAUAACGAUACCAAAUGUUUCAGUAGUUUGCAUAUAACUGAAAAAUCAAGUUUUCUUAAUUGUGUUGUGCAAAAUUGUGCUGUGUACCAAGGUUGACGGUAAUCGCAUCAUAAUAACAGGUCUAACGUUUUGUUUUCUGCAACUCAGUGGAGCGAGCCGACACUGUAGCAGCGCUUAAACCCUAUGGAGAUAUAAAAAAAAAAACAUAAAUUGCAUUUUAAUCAACAUAUUACACCUGAUUGCGAUUUUCACCGAUGACGAUAAGGCAAUGAUGAUCAAGUGAUUGCAGAACUAAGAAAGGCAGACAGAGAACGCAAAUAACCAUUACUUGGUUUAUGCUACCUUUGCCGGAUGUGCAAAUUUUCGCGUCUGCGGAUGAUCACAAUUAUAAUAUGAAUAGUGGUGACUGUGAAACGAGUACAGUCUACAGCGCAGCUUGCAGCCAGCCUGAUCGGCUGGGUGUCCGCCAUCGCAGCAGAAGCAUCCAGCCAAAGAUUAUACCUAGCUCUUCGUAUUUCCACGUAUCUGGGGGUUUGCCGUCGGGAAGAACACCGCUGCUUUGCCGGGUUAAGUGGCAAAAAAGGAACCAAAAAGUAGUACCGACAUAAUCUAAGUCAACGUUCGACAAUUUUGCAGCUAGGGACGGCCAGUUCUGCUAUAUUUAACUAUCUCGAUUAGAAACGAUCUGCAGUAUUCUGUUGUCGUAAGAACAUUGCGCAGUCGUCUCGUGAACAGCGUCGAUUCUCAGAUCUAUGAAUCUGAUGAGUCAGAUGAAUCACCAAUAUUACGUUAACGGUGUGAACUAUUAAGGCUGAACGUACGAAACUGCAAUAUUUCAAGUGGUAGAUUAUCUACUUUUAUCAACCUUACAAUAUUAGUAAUGAUAGCACAGUAUUUACCUCCUCGGGAUCCGAGGACUAUUGGAUGGUUCAGUGCCGGCGACUGGGUAACUUUUCUAUUGAUCAUUUUGUCAUACGUAUGUCUAGUAAAGGUUGUACUGCCACGAUAUAUGACAGGCCGUAAGGAAUUCAAUCUGAGAGGCAUUAUCCGUCUUUACAAUCUGACGUUAGUGUUUCUCAACGUCUAUUUUUGCUAUAACGUUGCCAUACACUCCUAUAUUGGCGGAGGCUACAGCAUAUUUUGCGAGGGUCUGCAUGUAAAGAGUGGUGAUAUCUCCAUUGUGCAGCUUCAUUAUCAGUAUAUGUUCGUACGUAUAGUCGAGUUUCUUGAUACUGUAUUUUUCGUUCUUCGCAAGAAGUUCAAUCAGGCCAGUUUGCUAAACAUCAGCCACCACUGCAUUGCGGUCUUUCUGCCGUGGUACGGGAUGUCGUACGGAAUCGAUGGACAGAUUUGCCUGUUGUCGAUGGUCAACAUGACCGUGCACGUUAUCAUGUAUUCAUACUAUUUUCUCGCAUCGUUUCCAUCUCUACGAUUGUAUCUGUACUGGAAGCGCUACCUAACGCUGCUGCAGAUCGCGCAGUUUGUAAUCAUCAUCGCGCACAUGUCCAUACCCUUGUUUUAUGAAUGUGGCUUCCCUUUCCAAACCGCACUUAUCAUCAUCUUAAUGUAUAUUUACUUUUUCGUAAUGUUCAUAAAAUUCUACGGCAGUACGUACCAGACCGGAAUUUCUACCGCAAGCCGGCAAGGGUCACGGAGGGCACAGUCACCACCUAGCGAAAUAAUAUUUAGAGGUUCAACGAACAAAGAUAGUUGCGCUAAAGGAGACUAGUCAGCUAUAGCCAAUGCUAAAAGAAUACGACAAAGCUGACCAGAGAAUUUAAAAGUCUAAACGUAUCAUAUAAUCGUUAUGUUGUGCUUAAUUGUGGUUCAUAUGUGAUGGAAUGCAACAGAAAGGGACCGGCGUUUUAUCGAUGUUGUUUAAAUAAAUAAUCUGAAUAUCAUUAGCUGAACAGUUCAGUCAUAUAUAAACUGGUGAUUCGGCAUGCUGGCAUAAACAGGUGUAACUUAAACAACGUUAGUAAACCGAAUUAAGUCUCCUGACGUAUACCUAAUGUAAGCCUAGAAUGGUAUAGGAUUACUAUCACAUGUCCCUUGUUACGAUAAAGAAAGCACAACACUUGGGUUCUGCGAGGCUAUUUUACACCCUCGUGUAAUUUCCAUACUAUCUCAAACGUAAGGAAUUAUUUAGUCAUGAGGUGUUUACCUUAUACCAUUGCAUGUUACUGCAUACAUAUUUACGGAUGAAUGUGCACCAGUGUAGAUGGUUUGAGAACGUGUAGGUGAGGGGCUAUGCUUUCCAUUAGAUGGUGCACUUGGUAACAGCAAAUUUAAAAGUUACCAUAGCAAUAAUCUUUCGCGUCUCUUCUAACCAAAAAAAAAAAA